UUUCUUUCGCAACCAUACUGUCCAGCUUUGGCGGUAUUUCUGGCAGUACAGCAUGGAGGAACAAUGCCACAGUUUAGGAUUACACAUUAUGUCAUUGCCGUUUUUAUUUUUGGAGUCUUUGGCAAAGCUCUAACAGCAGUGAUCCAAACACAGCAGACUGUGCUGGCAGCAGUGGGAGAAGAUGCUGAAUUCAGCUGUCAGCUCUUGAAGUCUAAAGACGUCCUUCAGGUCACAUGGCAGAAAAUCUCACCUGAUGUGGAGACAAAUGUUGCCACCUACAGCAAGCAGUUUGGUCAGAGAGUGAAUGAUGGCUUUACAGACAAAGUUGAGUUUAAAUAUACUGGACUACAGAACUGCUCCAUAGUCAUCAGGAAUGUGACGGAGCAGGAUGAAGGAUGCUACCACUGUCUGUUUAACACUUAUCCUGAAGGCUCAUUCACAGGUACACCCUGCCUGCAUGUCUUUGAGCUGCAUGAACCUGUUGUUGAUGUCAGAGAGUCAAACUCUACUGAAGAGUGGGUUGUUUCCUGUUCAGCCACUGGUCGACCUGCUCCCACUGUAACACUCAGUGUCUCACAACAACACCUCAGCUUCUCACAGUACAACACUGUCAGUGUGUCCAACACCAACGCUACAUUCACUGUCACCACUACAGCUGUGCUCUCAGGUUCACGUAAACACAGCACACAGGUGGGAUGUGCAGCACGAGUGCUCUCUGCUCCUCACAGAGAGGUGAUGGUGACGAUUCCUGAUGAUGAUGAUGAUGGGUUAAAUGAGAAAUCAGGAUCUAAUCAAAGAAAUUUAGUUCUCAGGAUUUCAGUCAUGCUGGCCUCUGUGUUGUUGGUUGCCUGUGGUUUUUCAGCUCCACUCAUCUUUAUUGCGGUUCAGAAAGAAAACUCAGAGCAGGAAUGAAACACCUUCAGUCAACCAAACUGAAAAUCAGCUCAAAAAGUGGAGACCUGAGAGAAACCAGCCAAACCACAAUCCAAGGCUUUCACCUUCACCUGCUCAAAGACUUACUGUUUAACAGCGUUGACUUGUUUUUUGGAGCAGGGUUUGCAGCUAGAUGUCUGGCUUUUCUGGACGACACACAUGUUAAAACGGACAGCUAGCAUGUUCUGAACUCUUUUUUUUUCACUGGUCUUAAUCAGUUAAAACUGAAUUUGCAGUAAUUAAAGUGUCCGUUUUCACUUCCAUUUCCUUCAGUAAUCAGUAUCCUUGCCCUCUUUGUCUUUGAAAACAAAUUAGUGCCAGCAUUAAUUUGUACAACACUAAUGAUUCACUUGAUCUUUGAAAAUGUGCUCAAAUUAUUUCAAACACUAGAUGUUAGUGGUGUAGCAAUUCUGUAAAACCUUUAAUACCUCGAUUGUUUGAACACAACUUUUGCUGAUACCUCAAAAUUUCUUUAUGGUGAAGGUAUAUAAAAAACAACAAAACAGUAUAACUGUUUUGUUACCAGAGGUCUGAUCACUUGAUCAGGACUGUAUCAUGGUGAAUAAUUUCUAUGUAUUUUCAGUUUACUUUCUGGAUGUACUUAAUUUGCAGAGACCAAGUUUUGUGUGCAUCUGUAGUGUAGUGGUUAGUGCGCUUGAUUGAAGCGAAGAAGGUCUCUGAUUGGCAGCUCAUACGUAUUUUUUACUCAGAAAGAAUUUUUGUGUUUUUCAAAAGUGAACUGAAUGUGAUUGAAGUGAGAGUUUAAAGUUGACUUGUUUUGAAAUUUCUCAGCUUUUUCAGUUUUACAGUGUGAUGUUAAGAUUUGAAACACAAAACCAGAUUCAUAUUAAUGUGUUGUGAUUUGCUAUUUUAAUGUAAAUUCUUUGUACUAUUUUUUAUAACUUUUUUAAAACAUUAAACCUUUUUUACAGUAAUUUUGGAUGACUGGUUAAACUGCUUUUGUAGCCGAAUACUCUUCAAAUACAAAUAACCACAAUUAAAAUCCCACAUUGUGUUCACUUAGACGACAACAGAUUUUCAUGUGAAAUUACACAAAAAGACCACAUGAGGUCUCUGUUUAUUCAUGGUGAAGGUAUGGAGGCUUUUCAAAAUUUGUAAACAUGACAUACAAAUACAUUUACAUUCAUGAAGUUUUCAGUUCUCAGCCCAGUAAUAAUUGUCAUGUAAGACCAUGCUGGUGUUUCUUGUCAGGUAUUGUUGGUAUAGUGUUUUAGUGGUUUUAUUUAGUACUUUCGUUUAUCCACAAAAGUAAUUUUAGUCUGAUUUUUUUCAGCAAAUCAGAGAUGAAGCCUCGACGAAUUGAAUUAUGAAGAUGCUAAUUAGGUUACCUGUCUGUUAUUUGGUGUGUAAGUAAUCCUGAGCCUGUUUAGCAUCAGUAGCUCACAGCUGAAAGAAUAGUUUUAGGAUUUUCAUCAUCAACCUGCAAAUUAUUUGCAGUUAUAGUGAGGCAAAAAAAAAAGAGAGAUGUUUCAUACUAACGAUUGUAUUUUAUUUUUCAAUUUUUAAUUGUCUGUUUAAUGUUAUGUCCACAGUCAGAAUCUGUUUCCCCCCUUCCUCCCCUUGGUGUCUCUGUGGGUUAAAGAAAAGGAGGGAAAUCUGUAUGAUCAGUGUUUGGCCUUUACACAUUUACCAACAUGAGCAUUACAAACACCUCUGUUAGGUCCAUGUGGACUGUAAGUUAAGUUGGCAGGUAGCUUUUUUCUUUAUAAAAAGUGGACCUGCAUGUUGUUGCCCAUAUUUCAUCUGAGUGUAAAAAUACAGAAUGUCUAAUUAGUGAUGUGAAGACACACAGAGCAGAAAAAUGUACACUUGAAGAUAACAACAUGUAAACUUUCAUGCAGUAAAUUUAAGUCUCUUGCAGAGUUACAGUCACCGCAACAGCUCACAUUUUCAUGAAGCAUGGUAGUGUGUGGGACGUGAUCUCAAGGGAAUACCCCUGUACCUCUGUGUAGAAGGUCAUCAUUUAAAAAAAAAAAAAAAAAAAGGAUAAAGACUUACCGUUAGAGACAGAUGAGGACACAAUUUUUAGCAAAUGAGAAAAUUUCACUUUUUAAAAGCUAUUUCCCAGGUGCUGUUUAACAGAGCACAGAAUUUUGAUCUUUGGAUGUUUGCAUUAUUUUAUUUUUCUCACACAAAGAAAAUCAUUUCAUAAAAAUAUUAAUGAUAUUAAUGAUUUUGCUUUUCUGUGUAUGACGGGUCCUGACUGAUCAAGAAUAAAAAUUACAUAAACAAAGUUAAUCAAUUAAAAACACAGGAUAAGAAAGUCGUUUUAUAUUUUUAAUGUGUGCACAUUUUCAAACUAAACAUCUUCAUGUUCACUUCCUGUUAGUCAGAGUUUUACUCAGCUUUAGCUAAGCAGAUACUUUCUAAUCAGGGAUCUAAGUGUUGGAGUUUUAACUGAAUGCUGAAUGUUUGCCUUAUAAACCUGUUUCAUGAUUUUUUACUGAUUUAUCUUUAAUAUAUUAUUGUCUCAAUUUCCAUAAAUUUAUUGUUGGUCAGCUGAUUUGUUUAAUGGAUUUUUCCUGUGUUUCAGAUUUUGACAUGAACAUAGCUCAUGCCCAGUAAUUUCUUUUCUUAAAGCAGCUUCAGUUUAGUCGC